GUUCUAUAUUGCACAGAAGUGUCUGUAUCUUGUUGCAUAAACUCUUUUGUGUGUUCUUAGAAGUCACCUCGAGAUCAUAUCUUUUCUGUCAGGUCCCGUUCCAAUCCACGCAAUCUUAACACCCACUGCACUUUCAAAGAAUUCCACAUAGUUCUUGCGCUCAAGCAGCAAUUCGUGGUAGUUAUUGACUCCUUUGAUUGAUUUCUGCCAAUCUGGCAGUGUCAUGUAUCUGACGGUGACUUUUGAGAGCUUCCCAGACUGGCAGGAAAAGAUUCCAGUUCACGGCCGUCUAUCUCGUAGCUAGUAGCAGCUUUGAUUGUUUCAAAUGUGUCGAGGACAUCGAGCUUGGUGAGGUGGAAGGCAAUGGGUUGAGCAUUCUCAGUUUCAGUGAUGGAGUAGCUUUCAAGUCGAUGCCUCCUGCACAAGACCACAAGCGGAUUUCCGAUGGCGGUUUGGGACCGAAUACUGGUGAGAUAGGCUGCUACGCUCCGACGAAGAUUGCAACUUCUGGAGUGAUUCGGGAGAUCGAGGAGACGAUUCUCAGGCCGACCUUUGAGGGGAUGCGGAAAGAAGGUGAAGCUAGCUGUGGUACUUGAACUCUUUGGUAAUUGAGAAACUAGUUCGAAGGCGUUGGGGUAUAAUGCCCGUUUCGGUGAUCCAGGAGCCCAAACCUUACUUCCUCUCUUGAAGAGUGAUCUUGCCGAGAUCGUGGUAGCUUGUGUAGAAAGGCGCCUGCACGAAACAAAAGUCGAGAUGCACGACAAGUUCUUUGCUGUUGUGAUUACUUCAGCAUGAGGGUACCCUCGAGCUUCCCCAAAGGGCGAUGUAAUCGAACUAGGCUCCCCUACACCAAGUACAAGCAUGCCCUCAAACUAUUUAUUGGCAUCCAUGCUUACAAUCUACGCAGAAGCACCAUCUACCCCCAACUUCUUCCAUGCUGGAACGGAACUGCUGCAGGACGGCUC